GCAGGAAGCAGGCAUCUCCCAAGAGCAGGCUGAGCACCAUCACUGCAUCCUCAGCUCUAUGGCCUUGAAAGGGAAGAUUUGACUUACUCUACUUUGGAAGGCUUCUCAGCCGUCUUCCUCCCUGCUCUGAGCAUAAACGCUCCCUGCAUUUUGGUAUCUUCACAAUGACUAGACCUAGGUUAUCCGUUCCAUGCAGGCUUCAUAAUUUAUUCAUAAUGCUCUUUUUAUCUGUAACAGGUUCUCCUUCUAAAACCUAUAGAGGUUUGACUGGAAAAGUUGGAUAGUAAAUCAAACAGUGACUUGGCUGAUCUAAAUCACAUAUCUUAAAAUGCAGUCACAAUUUGGAGACUCAGACAAAGGCCAUGGAGGGGAGGUUACUGCACAAUAUUUGUCAGGGGACUCUCUGAAUGACACCAACAAUGAAGCUACCCACACAGAAAAUGAAGGCAGUUCUGUCAGCACAGUGUAUGGACUACAAGUGCAACUAGAAGGUGAAGAGCAAGAUUCUGAAGAUACUGAAAAUGCAAUUAAUCAAUGGCAAUCUAAAGACAGCUCGAAUGAGUAUAGCACUGGAGACAACCUCCACAGAGUACAAAAGGUUGUUAAAACUCAAGACAAAGCCAUAAACUGGGUGUCCAGAGCAGAUCAACAGAAUGAGCAAAAAUCAGAUGGUGAUCACAAAGCUGUCGCCAGCUUAUUCCAUCAAAGGACAGAAGAAAAGAGGGGCUGUCUAAGAAUGACAAAAAAGGUUCUGCAAGACAUCUGUAAACAGCAGAAAUUCUACAUGACCCCAUACUUGAAUGACACUCUUUACUUGCAUUAUAAAGGAUUUGACCGCCUGGAGAAUCUUGAGGAGUAUACUGGGUUGAAGUGUUUAUGGCUGGAAUGCAAUGGCAUAACAAAAAUUGAGAACUUGGAGGCUCAGACAGAGUUACGUUGCCUCUACCUGCAACUCAAUCUAAUUAAGAAAAUUGAAAACCUUGAACCCUUACAAAAGCUGGAUUCCCUCAAUAUCAGUAACAACUACAUCAAGACCAUUGAGAAUCUCUCUUGUCUGAAGGUCCUGCAGACUCUGCAAAUUGCUCACAACAAAUUAGAAACAGUGGAAGACAUACAGCACUUGCAAGAAUGCCCAAGUAUUUCUGUUCUUGAUCUUUCCCACAACAAUCUAAGUGAUCCAGCUAUUAUAACUGUUUUGGAGAAUGUGCCUAAUUUGCAUGUGCUGAAUUUGAUGGGAAACCAAGUGAUAAAGAACAUUGCUAAUUAUAGAAAAACACUUACUGUUCGACUAAAAAAACUAACGUAUCUGGAUGACAGACCAGUUUUCCCAAAAGAUAGAGCCUGUGCAGAAGCCUGGGCUGUUGGAGGUCUGGAAGCUGAGAAAGCAGAAAGGGAAAAAUGGGAAACCAGAGAGAGAAAAAAAAUUCAAGAUAGCGUUGAUGAUUUAGCGGCAAUCAGGUGGAAAGCAGACGAAAAGAAAAGAAGAAAGUGUAUGGAAGAAAAAGAGGCAAGUGCUAAAUCUGGAAAUGGAGACAUAACAGACAUCCUAGAAGGGGCACCUGAAAACUCAGAUGACAAAGAUGGAAAUUCUAAUACACUGGAGACUUCAAAUAUAUCAGAAGAGGAAGAAACUCAAGAGAAGACUGACAAAUUUAGAAAUGAAAGUUUUGAUGGUCGUGAUGAAGUGAUAACACUUCUACGAAAUGGAAGAGAUAACACAGAUUUUACAUCUGCUAGAAUUCAAGAGGAUGCACAGGAAUCAAACUGUAACAAAUGCCCAAACUUCAACAAGGAGACAGGUAAUUUACCAAGACAGAAGGCAGCUACUGGAAAGGCCAUACUUCCUGAACUGGAUCAGUAUGCUGAAACUCAACAAACCAAACUGGAUACACUGGAGAAACUUUGUCUUGAUGAACUGCCUGAUUUAGAAGACAUUGAUGUAAAUGAAUUUCCCCCAGAAGAGGAAAGCUUUUUUCAAAAGCAGGAAUAUCACCCAAAGAUUGAAAUAAUUUCUGAAAUGACAAAUGACAGUGAUUCAGCAUUAGAGGAAAACAAUAAAAGCAUGUUUGAGAAUUCAGAAGAAGUCCCAACAGCAAUCUUUUCAAAUGCAUGUAAGAUACAUAAAGAGCAUGGAAAGGAGCACUUAAGACCCCUUUUUGAAAGCUUCUUUACAAAGACUGCUAAUUCCAAAAGAUACCAGGAGAUCAAAGAUCAACAAACAACCCCCUCAAGACCCUUGAUACAAGAGAUUAACUCUGAGCCCAAGGAUAAUCUACUCUUGUCACCAGUCUACAAGCGACCAGGUGACCCAAGCCCAACAGAAGAGGAUGGUAAUGGCAGCAAUGGAGAAGCACAGUACCCAGCUGAGAGUGAAGGAUGUUCUCAUGAGGCAUGGAACGACAACGGUAGUGAAAGUGGUUUAGAUUAAUCACUUUGCAAAAAACUCCCAAGUAUUCAGGGCAGCUGGCAGCAUUCACUCCUUUGUGAGUGCACUGUUGUGUUACAGUUAAAUUAAUUUCUGUGAUGUCAUUUUUUCCCUUGCAUCCUAGGAAUUACUUGGUUGAAUGUUUAUGUCUUAAGGUUUCAUUACAUACGUACUCAGUGCAUACUGUAACAUGUUUCUCUCACUUGAACUAAAUAAAGAUUUUACUUGUAACCACAUA